GAGAGCUCGGAGCGAGUGGGUGAGAGUGACGCUGCUGGCGGCCGUCGCUAUCCCGACUGCAGAAGGAACUGCAACAUCAUGGCAUCUGGAAAGAAUCGUGAGUCAUGCAGGUCAUGUUCAUCAUAUGGGAAAAAGACCAAUGAGAUUGAUACAGAGCAGAAGCAGGAGGAGGAAAUGGAGCACGUUUUUCAGAAUAAUGUCUGCUGCCAACAUCAGAAUGAGGUAGAAGAGGAUCUAAGCAAUGGUGUGACAAUGCCUGGGGCAUCAGAUGUGGACGAGUGGCAGACACAUUCCAGUUCCUCUGUGGAAAUAGGGAGUCAGCUGGCAAUUAUUGGAGAUGAGCUCAAUAAUCAGAAGAUUAGAGAAUCUCAAGAUGUGCAAGUCCACCUUCCCUUUGCAUUUGGACAUGGGUUGUUCCGCAGAGUUGCUGAAAGAUUAUUUGAUAAUGGAAUAAACUGGCAUCACACAAUCUCCCUGCUAAGCUUCGGAUACAAGAGUUUGAAAUAUGUCUGUCAGGGAGGAAUCAUGGAAUAUUUUGGCAGAGUCACAGAACCCGUUGCAAAGAAUCAAAUCACUCAAUGGAUUGCGGAGCAAGGAGGCUGGACCACUGCCCUUUCCAUUGAGCAUGGCGUCUUGAAAUGGCUGUUUGGAAUCUUUGUGAUUGCUAUGCUGGGUGUGGCAAUUGUGUGCAAGAUUUACAAAUCGUAAACCAAGUGCUGUGCUGGAUCAAAGCUGGUCUUGGCCAAGCAGCAUAUUUGCUCACUUCACCCAGGUGGUGGAGGUCCUUUUUUUAUUGUCAAAUUUUGAAAAAUCGAAAUAGUGUUUUUGAAUUUUUCUUUAGUUAUUUAAGAUUUUGGGAAACGUGCUGGGCCACACUUACAUUUUUCUAAAAAUAUAAUAUAACGAAAUUAAAUGUAUGACAGUUACUGGUAACUGUCUACAUUGAUUGCUUGAAAUGGGUAUUUGUGGUAACAUUAUGGACAAGGUGGUAUCAUGUGCCUUUGGUAAACAAUGCUUUGCCUUUAUUUGUGUAGUAGUAUUAAUAUACUGUAUACAAAUAUUAUUUCAAUGUUCACACAUUUACCUGAUGAGAAUGUGAUAAUUAGGCUGUUGAGAAGAUGGUAGAGUGAUGUGGUUGAACUUUUCUCUUUCUGUUAAUUAAGCUGAAUGGUAGUUCUUAGCCUGCAGAAGGAUCCUAAGGCACGUUUACAUGUAAGUUUAAUCCCAGGUUAUACUGAAUGCUGGAUCACUAGAAAAAUCUGAGACACAUUUGAGUACAGGAAGAGUUUUAUUCUUGUAAUGGCUUUGUAGUUUCUUUGUGAGGCAGGAGCAUCAGGCGUUCUCCUUGCUGACCUAUUCUGUCUGAGUUUCUUUGGCAUUAGUGCUCAGGAUCCUCUCCUUGAGGCUCCGCUGGUGGUCACCUUCCAUCCUAAAUCCUCCUAUCAUCCACUCUCCACAAAUCUGGCAUUAUUAUGGACCUUACCAGUCCGUGUGUUUUUUAAAGUGGUACUUGUGCAGAAUGAGGUGGUAUUGUAAUCUGUAAACUCAUCUGCUGACUGAGCCCCAUUCUGAGCAGGCACUUUGUUGUGAUACAUAAGGGAUUAUGUGACAUUUCUUAAGCCACCAUUCUUCAUCAGUCGCACUGCUCUGCUCUCUAACACCUCUCCAUUUUCACCCUCCCGUAUUGUUUCAUACCAUCAGAAUAAAUGAGCAAAGCCAUCAGUUACGUCUAGAGUAGAAAACAUUUCGAUAUAAGCUGCACUUCAUCCAUUACUCUUCUUUAUCUUAAAAUCUAGCUUUUUAAAACUCUGCUACCAUUUCCUAAUCUUUUUGUUCAUUUUUAUCUCACUGUUUUUAACUUCUGGUGCCCUGUAUGAUGGAUAUUUGUGCCUCUUUGCAGUAAGGAAAAAGCUGAUGGUGAUCACUAAAUUUGAUUAAAAUACCUCUUGAUCAGUGUGUGCAAUUUUGUCGAGUGGAUAAAAUUCCUUGUUAUUUUAAGUUAACUAUUGAUAUUCAAAGUGUAAUUUGAUUUAUUUAUGCCACCCUGCCUCUCACAGAUGUAUUUAUAGAAACCUUGCAUGUAAGUAUGUUUUGUGUACAGAAGCUUGGUUUCUGUUUAAACUUUAAAGUACUUUUGCAUUGGCUAUUCAUUUCAAAAUUCCCAUGUUCAUAGUUUUUUUUAAACGAAGACUCCUGAGUGAACUUAAGAAAUUUCUGACUGUUAUAUUAUUAUUUUCCCACAAUAUGCAAACUUGCAACCAAAAGUUUCCAAGUUCCAAAAACAUAAAUGAGUCAUUAUUCAAUCUCAUUCAUCUGAAGCGAUUACCACCAGCUUGUUUUUACUGAAACCAUGGCAGUAGAUCUGGCACGCACACCACACCAAAAUGGAACAGAGUAAUGGAACUGACCAAAAACAGGAGGCGAUAGUAGCAUCUUUGUGUGUAAGAUUGCAAACCAUGAUUUAUCUUCAAUUAGCCUAAUAUGACUUCUAUAUCAAACAAACAACUGAAUCCUCUCUCAGUACAUAAUAUAGUUAACAUUCUUUUAAAUUAAUGCAGUGCCUUUACAUCAUUUGGUGAUUGUGUCAUUUGUUGCUCAUUUUAGAAAAUGUUCACCAAGGGCAGCCUGAUGUCCUUUGCAUUGACUUUGCCUACAGCUUCAUCAUAGCUAUUACUUUCAGUGUAAUCUGCUUCAAACUAUCAUCUAACCACAAUGCAGCACAUAGUUUAGUACACACCAUACAAGGUCUUUAAAAAAACAAAAUCAGGACAAGAGUAUCAGAUGAACCCUGAUCCUAUUCUGAUCAUUUUUUUAAUGAUAAGCAUUAUUGUCCUGAUUUAAUGAAUGUUCUACGUCUCCUCAGUUGGUCAUCACUUGCAGGGAAGAUACUUCAGCUAACACUUAAAAAUUAAAGAACUUUGCAAAUUACAUUACUUCAUAAAUUUUAUUCAUGAUUCUUUGAAUAUUGAAAUUAACAUUUUUCUCCUUGACAAAAACUGCUGGAGGUUGGAGACUGAGAAACCAUUGAAAUUUACCUUUACAAUGAUAACAUUCAGCUAAUUCAAGUUAAACAGAUCAAAUCUGUUUAUCUCAGAUUUGUGGAACUCGAGAUACCAGGAACCAAGCUUAUUCUGGGAUUUACAAAUUAUCUUGCUGUGACCAUCAGGAAUUAAAUUGAAUAUGUGCACCAAUCUAUUCAUAUGCUCCAUAGCUUCGUUGUUAAUCUUCCUUAUAUUGUGAUUGUGGCUACUUGCUGUCCUCAGUUCAGUGUAUUUCUGGUUUUCCAUAUACUUCAGUGGGUUUGCAAGAAUAUCCUUUUGAUUGUACCUUGAGCUCACACCACAUAACAACUGAAAUAAUUUCUAAAUUACAAUCUUAUGGACUUUGCAUCUUGUUGUGUUACAUGUAUAUUCAACUGUGUCACUCUGCCUGAUCAGCUCUAUUACUCCCUUCUGACUCUGGACUAUCAGUGCAGUUACAACAUAUGCAUGGAUUUUAAUGCUCUUCGAUUUAUUGCCUCAGAGGAGUAUGUAGUGUCUGUAAUGAGAAGGAAGUAGGGUUCUGAAUCCAGGCAUUAAAGUAUUGCUACAAGUAAUAUGGAUUCAAAACCAUUAAUUUUCUCAUUAGGCAGAAUCUUCUGUAAUUGAAUGACCAUUUUCAUCAAAAAUGUUUAUACAUUUGCAGGCACGAUUGCAUUGUAGAGGAAUGUACCGGUACUUCAUUUUUGACGAUAUGCAGUGUCAUCUCGAUGUGAUUAUAGGGCUCCUCAGUUGCCACCAUUUGCAGGGAAGAUACCUUGAAUGAUACCUAAAUAUGAAAUAAAAUUACCACAUUGCAUCCUUUAUAUAUUUUAUUCAUGAUUGUUUGAAUGCUGAAGUAAACAUUUUCUUCCUUGAUGCAAACUGCUGAAAAUUGUAAAUCGAAGUUUGAGAAAUGAUUGGAAUGCUAACCAGA